AUGAGCGAGACCUUCUCGGUGCCGUCUGUCGACGUCCGUCGCGCGGUAACGGGCGACAUGAGUCUCGUGACGCCAUGGGGAAAGCUGAAGCUCAACACGGGGUUCCUGGAGCAGCUGGCGCUCAGCGUUGCGGUGGUCGUGCUGACUGUGAUGCUCUGGCGGUUCUCUGCACGAGUCAAUGCGGCGCUGAAGAAAAAGAACGUCAACAUGGAGUCGAUUCGAGAGGAAGCGAAGGGACAGGGAGAUGAAGCAGAAGAGGAAGAAGGAGAAGAGAAGGAUGACGAGGUGUCUGGACCGGACGAGAAGCGGAUCAAGAAGGGCGAGCACAGCUACUUUUACGUGCACAAGCACUUGGAAGCGAACAACGACAAGGCGACCGUGUCUUCUUAUGGCUGGAGUGAUAGCAAGAAAACCGUCAGCAUUUACCUGACGGACGAUGUCGUCACGAACAUGAAGGACGAGCAUCUGAAGAUGGAUUGGACCAACAUGUCGCUGUCGAUGAGUCUGCUCAAAGCAUCUGGUGGUGCUCGAGCCAAGAGCCUUGUGAUCCAGACCUUGUUUCAGGAGAUCACGGACGUGACGUGGGAGUCGGACAAGGACACCCUGACGAUCGUUCUCACAAAAGCGCAGGAGAUACCGUGGAGAUCCUUGAACGGAGCCGCCAAGAAGAUGGAGGACCACAUUGAGUACGAUGACGCGUUCUACGACUAG